CUGUCUCUUUAAGGUGCCGGAGGCUCGCGGGCGCAGCGCUGAGGGACGGCGCGGAGGCGCGGCCUGCCUCUCUCGCACAGCCGGGAGGCCCGCCUAGGGCUCGGGUGACCUGCUGGGAAGCGAGGUCCAGGCGGCCUGACUGCGCCACGGCGCACGUUUCCUGGGAGCUGAUUGUCUUUGAAGAACCAUGAAAUCACACUCUGUUGUUAUGCUUACUCUAGCCAUUCUGGUGUUCCUGACUUGGGUCCCUGAGUCACUGAGUUGUAACAAAGCACUCUGUGCUAGUGAUGUGAGCAAAUGCCUCAUUCAGGAGCUCUGCCAGUGCCGACCUGGAGAAGGAAAUUGUUCCUGCUGUAAGGAGUGUAUGUUAUGUCUUGGGACCCUUUGGGAUGAAUGUUGUGAUUGUGUUGGCAUGUGUAAUCCUAGAAACUAUAGUGACACACCUCCAACCUCAAAGAGCACGGUGGAGGAGCUUCAUGAGCCAAUCCCUUCACUCUUCCGGGCACUCACAGAAGGAGACACUCAGUUGAACUGGAACAUUGUUUCCUUCCCUGUUGCAGAAGAACUAUCGCAUCAUGAGAACCUGGUUUCAUUUUUAGAAACUGUGAACCAGCCACACCAUCAAAACGUGUCUGUUCCUAGCAAUAAUGUUCACGCACCUUACUCCAGUGACAAAGAACACAUGUGCACUGUGGUUUAUUUUGAUGACUGCAUGUCCAUACACCAGUGUAAAAUAUCCUGUGAAUCCAUGGGCGCAUCCAAAUAUCGCUGGUUCCAUAAUGCCUGCUGCGAGUGCAUUGGUCCAGAAUGCAUCGACUAUGGUAGUAAAACUGUCAAAUGUAUGAACUGCAUGUUCUAAAGAAGGAGAAGAAUGCAAACCAAAGCAACCUAGUCAACAAGAAAGAUAGGAGACGCUAUUCAGUGAGGUCUACUGGUUGUACCCGCCUGCCAGCUGGUUAAGAAGAGACAAGGAAUUUGGAUGGAGUUAAAGUAAGACAAAUCCAGCAACGUGUUAAAAUUAUAAUUAUAACUGCUCUGGUUGAUUUUCUAGCCCACUGACCGUAUGCCCUUUCCUCUUAAAUACAUUUACAACUUUGAUUAUA